AUUUAUUUUCUCAAUUCACUAAUUUUGAAAUGUUACUCCAUUUCCAUGAAUUAUUAAAAACUUUUCAAGAUUGGUUUGAUGAUCUGAUAGAUGAACGGGGUCAAUUUUUUAAAAUUUGUAAAAAAUGGUAUGAACGCUUCUUGGAUCAUUUAACUUCUUUGUCUCAGAUUAAAAAGGACACCAUCAUUUUGAUUUUCCAUCAUGUAUCGCUUCUCUAUGAGAGAAUUGGAAAAUAUACAGUGCUUUGGAAAAAAAUAAUGGAGCUCACUACUAAUAGUAUGAAACAGUUUCCUGAAACCCUUGUUUUCAAAGCUAUAUCAAAUAUUGAGAAAUUUCAUCUAGAAGUUGUUACGUAUUUUCGUCGUAUAGUUGAAGAGAUGUUGACUGAAUCCACACAACAAAUCGAUAGUCGAUUGAUAAUGAAAAUUAAACAAAUUUGUACUGUUUCAGGUGAACAACUUACUAUUCCAAGCUUAUUAAGCGAAGACCUGAUUUGUCAUAUUAUUAAAUGUUUGGGAACUAAUCUCAUAUCUCAUGAUGCGGAUUGGGAGGUGGCCCCAACAAAUUUUCAUCUUUCUCUUCUUAGUACGGCAAGUUUUUGGACAAGGAUUUUGAGAGCUAAUGGUUAUGUGGAAAAGUUAAAUUCACUUCAUUGCAUCAAAAUGGUUAAAAAAGCGAUUUCCCAAUUGGGUCGUGAUAUAGUAAAGGAAUCGGUUGACAUUUUUCUCUUACAAAAUAUUCACAAAUACGAUGAUGACUCUUUAUUAGCAUAUUUUAAAUCUGUGUCAAUAUUCGAUGAAGAUGACGUUGAAGUAUUUGUCACAAAGGAUAUCUUGAAAUCAGUUAAGGAACAAAUUAGAAAAUAUUUGCAAACAUUUGAGCAUAUUAAUGCUUUCUAUGUGCGGUAUUGCUUAAUCACUAAAGUCACAAAUGGACAAGAUGGUAUUGAUGAAUUACGUGAACAAAAGGACAUGUGGGAAUCGAUUUCGCUUAGUAAAACCCAGGAUCCUGAAAUUUGGAAAGACCAUUCUGAGAUUUUAGAUGUUGCAAAGAAAGUUUAUAAAUACAACAAAUCUCAAACAUUUUAUAAUGUUUUUGAAAAAAUUUUACAAGAAAUUCCGAAUGAAAUAAAUGUACAAACACUUGCACAAGAUAUCAUGCCAAAAGUUUUUGUAUCAUACAUUAAAGAUUGUUCUAAAUUUCAAAAUUGGCAAUAUAUCCAAUUACCGUUCGCAGCGAUGUUUUGGAAAAAUGUUACAAAUAUCAAUGCUGAGCUUGAAUUCAUGACUGAAUUUAUUCCUAGGAAUCAAGACCAAAAGUACAUAAUGACCCUUACUCAGCUCUCUGAAGUUUUGAAAAUAACACAAAAGUUACAUCAACUAACAACUGUGAUAGAAAUAUUUAAUAUACCUCGGAAUGAACAAGACUGGCUCUCAGAAGCACUUAAUGAUCUUGAGGGACAAUCAAUUCUCUUAGGACAAUUAAGUUCUGUAUUUGAUUCCAUUAAUGAUCAUCUCGCUGUCAUUGAUGAAAAUGGUUGGUCAUUAAUUAAAGAACUUUCAAAUGCUGAAGAAUUUAUCAAUUUUCUAAGAUCUAUUGCAGAACACGAUCUUAAGAAUCUUAUAAAUGGUGUUGAUGAUCAUUCUGAUGAACGAUUGAUUCAAGAAGAUACAGUUGCAUCUCUUAUUCAAGUUAAACAGUUCUUGUUUCCACUAUUAAGUGCUGCAUCAACCUUGACCUUGGAUACGUUCUUACAAGAUUUGGCUAAAAUCAUUGAGUUGAAUCCAACAUUCGCAAGCAAAGUUACAUUAUGUAAUAGCAGUAAUAUGGCGUUACAAAAUAUGUAUGCAAACAUUAGUAACAGAGGAGAAGUAACCAAAGAAAAAAUUCUAAAUGCCGUUAAAAUUGGGACUUAUAAAUUUGAAUGGAAAUCAACAGAUAAGAAGUGUUCAGUGAAGUUAUCAUAUCAAAUUACGAAAACAAAAACUGUCAUCACAUAUAAUUUUAAUGACUUGCAAGAUUUACGUGGACGGGCCCUUUUAAUAGCAAAGCCAGAUAUCACAAAUAUCACAAUUGGAGGUUCAAAUGAUGAGAGUAAAAAAGAUAAAACAAAGGAAAUAAUGGAUGAAUUUGUACGUCAAGUAGAUAUAGCUCAGGACAUCGUUAAUAAUAUCGCCGCGAAAUUAAUUGAGACUGGUCACUUUGGUUAUAGAGAAUUUCAAGAAUCAGUCAAAGGAUCUGAAAAUAUGACUCAAUUGGCCGAAAAAUUAAAAUUAGAGCUUAGAAAAUGGGAAAAUUUAGUGAAUAAAGCGCAAGAAAAUCAUUUCUACCUAACAUUCUUUCCAGCGCGACAUAUCCUAGAAUUUUAUGAUUUUUUCACGAGUCGUUCACCCACAAAUACUAAAACAUGCCAAACUCUCGUUAGAUUUGUGAACCCACAUGCCAAACUACCGACUAGAGAUAGAACCAUAUCGAUUGCACGAAAGGAUUCACAUCUUCAGAUAUUGAAUGAUAUUGGAACUAAAUUAAACCUUAUUUUUGGAUCUCUAUCCAAAACUCCACGUUUGCUAAAAACUUCAAUAGAACGCGUAGCAUCGGAUGUUGUGAUUCGUGGAAGACUAUUUGUUGCAGCAUGUAAUGACAAGUCACGAGUUCCAAACAUUAUAAUGUCGUUGUAUGCAAAUCAUGGAACAUUUCCUGAAGCUUGGCAGGUCUUGAUUUGUACAUCGUCCACAACCUUGGAAGAACUUUCAAUAUUUAUCAAACGAUGUUUUUUGGCUUUCAAAAAUGGAUAUGAAAACCAUUUGUUUUGCAUGGCAAAUUUGGAAUUACUUGACUUUGAAUUACAAUAUAAUUUGGUGAAUAAAAUUCGAUCCAUGCGAGAAAAAGGACCUAAUUACCUUCUAGCAUUAGUCUGCAAUUCUGAGGGUGGAAUGCAUCAUCACAUAUUGGACCAAUUUUCGCAAGAUGUUCAUGCAACAAACGGUUUAAGUUCUAGUGCAAUGACAACUAUUUAUCAAAAAUUGUGUUCUAAUGUUACAUGUGUAUCAUCGGAUCUUUCGGGUCAGGGCAAAACGGAAUGGAUUAAACAUGAAUGUUUUGAAAAUAGUAAGCUUCCAAAGAGUUUUCUCAUUAGUGAUGGUGCUGAUUUUGGAAAGCUUGUUCGAAAGUUAAAAGAGUUUACACUUAGACCAAUGGAAUGCGUGCAUAUUAAUAUAAUUUCAUCCGAUUAUCCUGGCGAUGUCAACUUGUUUCUUUUCGAACUUUUAAGUUUUGGAAUAGUAUCUAAUAAUGCUGAUAUAGCAAGCCUUCCUCGCACAACAUUCAUAUAUAUUGAAGUUGCAUCAAGCUUCCAACAACAUUUACUAAGAUCACUCCCAAUGAUGGAUUAUUUACCAAAACAUCACAUUACAUGGGAUAUUAAUAAUUUGAUAGUCUCACAAGAUAUUAAUAGUCCCAUGCAAAUAGUAUGUCGCUAUUUAUUUGCAUUUCAUCUACGUCAGAUUAAUGAAAAAAAUAUUUCACUCCAAGUAUCAGAUAUAGCUAAUGAAGUUAUUUGUGAUGCACUAUGUCGGGAACUUAUAAAUCGAUAUUUUUUUAAUGACAAUAAUUCAGAAGAAAUACUAUCAUUCCGAUUUUUGGAAAUUUUCAUUAGUGUCUUUGCUGAUCAGCUGGUUCGACUAUCUUCGAGUUCAUAUUUCAAAGUUGAAAAUAUAGCUUUGAUGCUUGAAAAAGAAACAAAAAUUAGAACAACUUUAGUAAAAACGUUAUUAGAUGUGUCAAAGGAUUUUGCCGUGAGGUCAAUUCAAACGAAAGCAGUACAAUUAGAAGCAACUUCAUUUGAUGGCAUAGAAAAUACACAGUUAAAUACAAUUGUGAAAUGGGAUGAUUCAAAUCAUUUAUUAGUAUUCUUUUUAUCACAAACACCAGAUUCUAUUUGUGCUUUAUAUCGCGACAAGGACAAAGUUCCUGAAAAUGUUCAACAAUUGCUUGAAAGUCAAUUUAUUGCACAAAAUUUGGAAAAAUGGGAGUUGGAUGAUUAUUCAAAAAUGUCAGCCGAAGUUCUAUUGGAAAAAUUGGAAAGUAUUGCUAGAAAAACCUAUCAUAAGGUGGAGUAUACACCUUACGCGUUGUCUGCGGACAAUUUGGUAAAAAUGGCAUUAAUAUUAUUGAGAACACGUGCAAAUAUUCCGGUAGUAAUUUCUGGUGAGGCUGGAUGUGGAAAGACAAGCUUAAUUGGAUUCUUAGCCGAAGUUGUCGGAGCUCAAUUCUUUGCACUUAAUCUCCACGCCGGAAUUGACGAACAAACUAUUGCUGAAUUCAUGACCGAAGCCCGAAAUAAUGCCAAGAAAGGCGAAGUUUGGAUAUUUUUUGAUGAAAUUAAUACUUGCAAUCACAUAGGUCUUCUUUCGGAUUUAAUAGCUCACAGAAUUUAUCUUGGUAAUACAAUACACUACAACAUUCGAUUGUUUGCAGCAUGUAAUCCUUACAGAAUUCGAACCAAAAGUGUUAGUGAAGCAGGAUUACAAACUAAGCAAAUUAAGAGAUAUGAAGAACAAAGCAAUCUUGUAUACGAAGUCAAACCACUUCCAGAUCAAAUCCUUGAUUAUGUUUGGGAUUAUGGUAUACUUCAACCAGAUGAUGAAAAAAAAUAUAUUCAAAUCAUGGUAGCUACACAAUUAAAGGAAUUAAGUCACCCAGCUUUAGCUGACCUAUUAUCUGCUUCCCAAGAAUAUAUUCGAAGUGUAGAAGAACCAUAUAGCGUCAGUCUGCGUGACAUAAAACGCGCAAUAACUUUAAUUCAAUUCUUUUACAAGAGUUUACAAGAUCGGCCACCAAUUCGUAAAGAUGCACCGAAAUAUCCGCCUGAUUCACGUGAUAACAUUCGUUCAUAUGUAUUGGCAUUAGGGCUUUGUUAUCAAUCGAGGUUAUAUGAUCAAUCAUUACGUACAAAAUAUAGGAAGAUUAUAUGUGAAACAUUUGAAGCUCACGGUGUUCAUAUAGAUGAAAAAGAAUUCAUGAAGAUUAUUAGAGAUGAACAAGAAGAUUAUAUUAAUAGAAUGGUCUGUCUACCAAAUACUGCAAAAAAUGAGGCGCUUUUAGAAAAUGUUUUGGUUAUGACCGUUUGCAUAUUAACCAGAAUACCUGUUUUUAUUAUCGGCGCGCCUGGAUCUUCAAAAUCAUUAGCUAUUCGUCUUGUUGGUCAAAAUUUGCGUGGAUCUGAUUCAAACGAUGAAUACUUUAGGAAAUUGCCACAGGUAUAUCUCAUUCCUCAUCAAGGUUCAUCAUCUUCAACAUCCGAGGGAAUUUUAAAAGUCUUUCAAAAAGCUCAAAACUUUCAAGAAACAAGUUCAAAUGAAUUUCCCGUAAUUAGUGUAGUUCUAUUGGAUGAAGUAGGAUUGGCCGAGACAAGUCCAUUUAAUCCAUUGAAAGUACUUCAUUCACUAUUGGAACCAAGUUAUAAAUCUAGCCGCCCUAGCGUUUCUGUUAUUGGAAUAAGUAAUUGGAGGUUGGAUAAUAGCAAAAGUAGCAGGGCCUUGCUAGUUCAAAGACCCAGGUUUGACUUGGACGAUCUGGUAGAUACUGCAGCCCGAAUAUUAGACAACAAAACUUCUGGCCAGAUUCAAAAAGCAUCUUUAUACCCGCUCGCAAAAGCAUAUUCCAUUUACGAGCAAGAAGGUCAAAUCCAUCCAAACUUCCAUGGCUUAAGAGAUUACUAUGCUUUCAUUAAAUCUCUUUCUUUAAAUGAUAUAACUCCUGAAAAUAUACAAAUGGCGUUAGCGAGAAACUUUGGUGGCACCAACAAAUUUUCCGAAAUAUGUCAAAAAUAUUUUGGUAACGCUAUAAAUGAAUUUAACAAUCAUAAAAGCUGGGUUUAUAAUCCUAUACCUACUGAAAAAUUAAUACAUAUGAACUUGGAUGAUGAGGGUGCGAGACAUUUGAUGAUUAUUGGAAGAAGCGAUUCUGUAGUUAAUUUAUUGGCAUAUCAGUUAAGACAGAGGAAUUUAGACCCUGUUAUUAUUUUUGGAUCUCAAUUUCCUGACGACCAAGACGAUUAUUCCUACAGCAUUCUAAAUAGAAUUAUGAUGUGUGUUGAAGCAGGAAAACCGUUAAUUUUGACAGAUUUAGAGAUCAUUUAUGGAAGUCUUUAUGAUUUGUGGAAUCAAAAUUAUAUAGUUGUCGGAAGUGCUGAAGAUCCAAAGUAUUACACCAGAGUAGCACUUGGUGCUUAUGCUAAUCCAAUGCUGUAUGUCAACAAGAAUUUUAGAUGCAUUCUUGUACUUGAUGAAAAGAACUUACCAAAAGCGGAUCCACCACUCUUGAAUCGUUUUGAAAAGCAAAAGAUGGCAAUAAAUGACAUUCUUUCAUCCGAAGAACUUUUAUUAGUACAACAAUUAUCAACUUGGGCACAGCACAUGUCAGCAACUAUAGCAUUGAAUGGAUUUGUUCCAACACACAAAAAAUUUACUCAAAAAGAUUUGUUCAUUGGGUUUGACCAAGACGAAACUUUACAAAGUUUGGUAAUAAAUGUUAGAAAGAAUAAUUCACAACUUCAAUUUGAUGAAACACUCGAAAGGUGCAAGGAAACAUUAAUUGCCAUUGCUUCCUCGGAUGGAGUUAUUAGAGCAGAAAAAAGUGUACUGAAUCGUGAUGAAGUUGAUUAUUGGAAGAACGUUUAUUUUAAAUUACACCAUAAUGAUAUCGCAGAUUAUUUUAAAUAUUUAUUUGAUCAAAAUUUGGAAGCUGAUGGACAUCAAGUGAUCAUCAACACAUUUUCAAAUAUUAAUGCAGACGUUAAAGAAUGUUUACGAGAUAUCACCACAUGUACUGUGUUAAAGCUUUCUACAUUCAAAACAGAAGCUCAAUUUCAAAAUAGGGUUAAGCAUUUCUGGUUUGAAUCACCAAAUAUUCAGACAUUGAUUCUACAGUGUGACGUCUUAACUGUUAAUUUUGGAUGUAUUAAAUUGGCUAAAUUCAUAAUUGAGCAAUUUAGGAUCGACUACUUGAAUCAGAAGCAACAACAAAACGCAUAUGAUGCAAUUACUAAGCAUGUUUGUAUUAUUCUUCAUAUUCACCGAGAUCACAAAACCUCUUUGGAAUCAUUUAAUUUUACGUGUGGAUGGAAACAAGUUACUAUUGAAUCUUUGAUUCCGCAAGAAAAACCUUUGACUAGUCUUUUGCAAGGAGAUUUAUGUGAUGUUAUCAAUAAUGUGUACUCUUUUGAAGAAAUUUUGCAACAAGAAUUAUUGUG